AUGGGGGAUAUGCAUGGUUUGUUUAAUGAAGAUGGCCAAUCCAAUGAGGUACCACAAAUUACCUCAGGGGGUUCUGGUCAGCCUAUGUCAAUUGUCAAUGUUCAUCAUGAUUCUUCCGCUGCUCCUACAAUUGUCAAAUUGAAUGGAACAAAUUAUUCAGUAUGGUCCCAGCUACUUGAGCUACAUGUUGCUGGGAAAGGAAAAUAUGGGUAUUUGACAGGCACUUCCGCUACACCAGCUCUGGCAUACUCCAAUUACAAUAAGUGGUAUGCUAAAAACGCAAUUGUGAAGGGAUGGCUAAUUCAGUCUAUGGAGCCUGAUAUUAUGCAAAUUUUCCUUCCCUACAAAACUGCCAAAGAUGUAUGGGAGAAUGUGAAAAAAACAUAUUAUGAUGGCCAAGAUCAGUCACAGAUUUAUGAGUUAACUUGUCGGGCAUUCAAGGCGAAACAGUCUGGACGACAACUUGUCACAUACUAUGCAGAAUUGCAAAAUAUUUUGCUUCGUCAUCAGGAGAUUGAGAUUGAGAGGGUUUAUGUAUUUUUAGCUGGAUUAGAUGAUGUGUUUGACAGAGUUUGUAGCGAUAUUCUUCGCAUGGAUCUAUUUCCGAAUUUGGAGAAAGCUUUUUCAUGUGUGAGGCGAGAAGACCAGCGGCGAUCCACCAUGAUGGUACCACCAACCCCGGUGAACACUGGAGUUGCUAUGGUAGCAAGGAACUCCAGGCCUGCCUCUUCCUACAAACCUGCCGAUUCUACAAUUAAUGGACCUACAAGGCACUCUAUGCAUGCCUCUUCCUACAAACCUGCAGGUUCUACAACUAACAAACCUAUAGGUUCUACAAGACCCAAUGAUCCACAACGAGUUAAACCUCAGAAUGGUGAAAGGUGUACUCAUUGCAACAGCACGAAUCACUUUGUAACUGAUUGUUUUAAAUUACAUGGCUAUCCAGAAUGGUGGGAUGAAGUCAAGGAGCGUAACAAGGCCAAAGUAGCUACUGAACGAUACACACAAGGCAAGGUCGCACUCUGCAUAGGAUCUCCUGACCCUUCUGUCCCUCAAGCUUCCCCUAUGCCAUCCGUCUCCUCCUCCACUGUUCCUCCAGGUUUUGCCGCCCUCCCUACAGGUGAUUCGGGCACUUCUUCUAAUACCUCAAGUAGUGCUUUUGCUGCUGUUACUGGCUUAGGCAUUGGUUCUGGAUGGAUUAUUGAUUCAGGUGCUUCAAAUCACAUGACAUUUGACUCGACAAAUUUGAAGACUCGUACUACUCCUAGCCUUACUAGUAUGACGAAUGCAAAUGGCCAAUCCUACCCUGUGACUGGGGCAAGCACAGUUGAUCUUUCUCCAAAUUUAACUUUGGAACAUGAUAUUCGAACCCAGGAAAUAAUUGGGCGUGGUACUAAGAGAGGAGGACUAUAUUAUGUGGAUGAUGUUUGCACGGGAAAAGCCCUUAUUGCUCAUGACUCAGCUGCAGACAAGAAGAAACAAUUUUGGAUAAUGGUCUUCUCCAUGAAACUACAUGUCCUUAUACCCCUCAACAAAAUGGGGUUGCUGAAAGGAAAAAUAGUCAUAUUCUUGAGACGGCCCGGAGUAUUUUGA